GCAGUCUCAGAUCAAUGACACAAGUGCGAGUGAAUGAGUAGAAAGGUACCUGACAAUAUAACCUCAUUUCUCUCACUCCGACAGAAAAUCAAUUUUCCAAAUGUUUGAACCGUACAAACAAACAUGUAUAAUAAUAAACACAACUUACAUAAUAAUUAGUUACACUAAAACCGAGCCAGUUCGUCCUUGCGUUGAAAAGAAGAAGAAAUGUAGAUUGUCAACAUUCAAACGGAAACUGCGCACUUUAGUUUCAGCCGUCAAGAAUUUCCGUCUACACGAUCAUCAUCCCGGCCAUUAGUAUAAUGAAUAAAGUGAGUAACAUUGUUCCAAAGUUCAACGAACCAUUCAUUUUGAUUGAAUAGUGAUAUAACAUGUGUAUAAACUUGGUGACUUGUGUAUUAUUGCUUGGAUGUGGAGUUCAACAAGAACAAAGAACAAAGAAGAAGGAUUGAUAAGGGUGAUAAGGAGCACCUCUCAUCAAUACAACACUAUUGAUCCGCAGGAGGAGACUGAUGGAGGAAGCCAUAUUCAUGCAAAUCUUGAAUGACGAGAAAAUGGAGAGGGAGAAAGAGAAGGAGAGGAGAGAAUCCAUCGACAGUGACAGUGAGCUCAGCCUUGAAGCUCUACCUAUUCCUAUUCAAGUCUUUUUCUGGCAACAGAUAAGCCCUUUUAUACGACCAAAACUAGGAAAGCAUCAUGAGGCUUCCUGUAUGUUCUGUCAACAUGGCCCUGGCCACCAUGAGCUGAAAGAAGCUUGCAAGUCAUUCGAGAAGAUUCUUGUGCAGAACAUACAGUUCGGUCUCUCUCCAAAUCUGACAACAGCCAUCCAGUCUAUUCCCAGAUGGAGACUGAUUCAAGCUUCCUUCCCCUACGUUAUGCACAGCAUUGCCACUCUUCUUCACAGCAGAAAAGACACCAGUAUACAGAGUCUUGGCACUGCAGAGACCAAACUUCUCUAUAUUCUCCAUUGGAUAAUCCUGGACGCUGCAGAAGAAUGUGCUGAUGCUGAUUUUGAAAAAGGAACAUAUCAGAAUUCACCCUACUAUUAUCUUUUCACCAUACCUGAUAUGACUCUAUUCAUCUAUCUAUUCGCACCUCUAUGCCAUCACAUCAAAGAGCCAGAUUUGCAAGCAUUCCGACUGGAGAAUGGUCUGAAAAUAUGGCAAGCGUUGUGGGAGUACCGUCACCCGGACAGCCUCUGCUUCACAGCCCACUGCAAGCCCAAACCUCGCUCGUUUUGCACCAACUUGCUCAAAACCAAUCAGCAAACAAACAACACUGAUUUCUUCAUUCCUGGAAGAAAACCAUGUGCUACGGAAGAGACGGGUGGCGUGUACGCGGAGAGUCCCCCAAGUCAGACGACCACCUUCUCGUUUGGCGAUCAGCAGUCCGCUUCAGCGGCCAGCACCAUGACCACUGCUCAACCUCCGGCAACUAAGCAAGAUGAAGACGGUGCAUGGGUCUCCUCUCCCAAAGACACUGUUUUCCCUGAAACCAUUCCUGAAGAAAGCUCUAGUACUGAAGAAGAACAUGUGGUAAUAUUUCGUCUCCCUUCUCUUGCCGACUCUGAUGGAUUGAAAGAGCAGAUUUAUACAUUUUGUGUGCAGGCUGACACGAGCAUGUUCCAAGUGACGGUUGGCAAGCCACCAGUGAGGGGACCAACGAGGGCCACACUCAGCAUCGACACCCAGCAUACUCAGCACUCGGCACUCGACUCGGCAAGCACUCGCUCACACCUGCCUCCCAUGCACGGCCUUAUAGGUUGGUCAAUGGACAAGGAGUCGCUGGGUAGCACCCGAGCCGCCAUGAUCUCGAGCAACGUGGUGGAUAUAGCGGCGGCCACCUUCAUGGACGUCGCAGUCCUCAGGUGUCUCUUCAUCCCCAGCUGGCAAGAAGAGGGCAUCUACUGGGCGCUUCAAUUCCUCUAUCACAGGUUGCACAAUAUAAACGAAGAUUCGAUAUUGCAGCAGCAACCUCGCAGGAGAUGUAACUCUCUCCCGACUCCAAAAAUAGAGGUGUCGUUCCAUCAGAGUCCUGAAAGUAAGAAGAAACAAUCCAAAGCGUACAUUGAAGUGCCAGAACCUAGACAUAUUAAUAUAUUGGCAGAAGCACCAUAUUGCGUCACAAAAAAAGCUGAGGAAGCGUUGAAGAGGCGAUCCAGUGAAAAGGUCAAGAAGAAAAUGAAAAUGGCUGACUUAAGGGCUUUCGUUGAAACGAAAUUACUUUCCAAAUCGGAAAAAGGUCUCAACAGAAUUGGUCGUGAUGAAACCAAGUCAUUGAGUGGCCAGGAAUAUCAUAGGAGUUUGGACACUGGCGACGUGCAUCUAGCUCAAGCUGGCUCUGCACUGAGCAAACUUCUUGAACCCACAUCCUCGAAAAUACGACCAGCAACGAACCUCGUGAAGGGAAAGAGCAUGCCAAGCCUCAGCUGUUUGCUAGAUGAGUUGACAAAUGGCAUGGGCACGCAUUAUUUGUCGAGAAGGUACAUUGGGGAGACUCGCCGAGAGCAGACCGACGUCUCUCCGAAUCCCAUCAUCACCGUCACCGAGCAUACACCAAUACCAUCUCCAGAUUUCGCGCACCAUAAGGGUUCUCUUGAAAGUCAAAUGGGUUUGGGAACAUCAAACUCUGGUCAAAGUCAGAAAGCAAAGAAACCCGGACUCACACGCUCUCAGACUGACUCCAACAUUUCUUAUCCGGAUGGAGACAACCCGGAAGUUCCCGGUUCCACAUUCUAUAUAACAAAUGAAGGCGAUAUCGAUUUGCAAGUUGUAUUGAAGGCAAUCCAUUCAGUGGCCCAAAGAGAUAAUAUGAGUUGCACUCUACGCGUUUGUGAAGUUCUGUUGAACGUUGCUGAUCUGCUAGUCGAAAUGGGAAUAUUGAAACAGUAUGCAAAUAGAAACGAGAUGAAGAAGAAGACCUUAGAAGAAAUAAUGAUCUCUCCUCAUGCACUAUUGAUAAGCUGUAUAGUAAGGGUUAUUCGACACCUUGGAUGUCCCCAUUGCAUGGCUAAUGAUGGACAGAGAAAUCCUCCCCCUGACUUUCUGAGAUCGCAGGGGCAAACAAUCCUCGGCAAACUGCAGCGUGCCAACUCAUCCUAUUUCUCAAAAGUGAUGCGGCAAAUCGUAUCGCAACAGACCAUCACUGAACUGAUGGAAUUCUUCCAUGCUUAUCUUGGAUUUUGCAUUGAUCCAAGUACACUUCUCUCACCUCUUAACCAGAAGAGAAGCUCAAGCAAAUCACCUGACAUUAUAUCGCAAGGAGGCUACUCAACCAACUUUGGUGGAGGGGGAUACGGCAGCGGAUUUGGAAGUCGCAAUGUUGAAGGCCAUCUCAUGACAAGUAUUUUCAAAACUCUCGUCUCUCGUCUUGUCAAGAUUAGCAAAGAUCUGAAGACACCAGAAAAUCAGGGUUUGUAUUGUGAUGUCCGCUCACUGAUGACCUAUGUGAAAGAGGCUCAUGGAGGAGUAUUUCGCAGAGUGGCUCUCAGUGGUCUACUGGAUACAGCCAUGAGACCACACAGGAAAGAGCCUGCAGUGCAAACUACACGAGUCAUAAGACAUUUCCCUCACACUGAACAAGAUGACCACAUGGAACCUGGCUCUUACAUCUUGGAUGACCGUGAUUCUCGUAAAAUCUUAUUCAAGAAACGAAGCACGUCAUCUACCUGUGCUAGUCUACUAGAGACCGAAUUGGAAGAAGGCAAGGUGAUUCAAAGCCCAUUGACCAACUUCAAAAAGAAGCAUCCGGUUUUGACUCCGAGGCAGAGCGAGAGGAACUUGGGAGCGGUGUUUGGAGCAAUGCAACCUCCUCACAAACCAAUCGCCACCUCCAAAUUUCAAAUAGUGAACUGGUUCCGAAAGGAAUAUGGAAGAUCUGAUUCACUGGAGAGUCACGAUGGCAGCGAUUCACCAGUGGAGGGAGGGGCACUCAUCCAUCAAGCUGCCCAGCUGCAUCAGUCUUACAGCAGAACCUCUCAAAAAAGUACCGGAAGUGUGGGAAAUACCCUCCAGAAAGCCAGGAGGCGCGUUGAAGAUCAAAUCAAUAAAUUGGGAUUCGGUAGGGGAAAGAAGAAAGACGGCAGCAUCGAAGAUACUCAAGGCAGUUAUUUCAGUAGGAGAAAUUCGCUUGAAAUGGGAGAUCACGGACGAGAAUCUGAGUUUGUUGUGCUGAAAGAGCGUAAACUGGUCGACACUCAGAAAGUUUGGAAUGGAAUGUGUCGCCUGUCGUUCCUAUUGGAAGUCUGCUCUCCUGGGUCUAUUCCUGACCCUUACCUACUAGCUGCCUCUCUUGAUCUGCCACACACACCAGUGGUGGCCAGAGCUUGCUUCAUAAUGGAGUGCACCUACUUGGUGCACUGCUGCAACAAGGGUCAAUGGGCGGCCUGGGUGAAGCCAUCCACUUUCCCCAUGUUCCGGCCAUCGGGACCCCUCCCCCCUCGCGGCGUACCCCCCGUCCCGCCCCGCAAGACGCACAGUCUGCAGCGCGCCGCCGGAAAAAUGUUCUACCAGUGGGGAGAGGCAUUGGCAGGUCGUUUGGAAGAAAUGCUGCUGGAAGACAAGACACACGUUGCCUCGGUUAUAGCAAUGCUGUCGGACGAGUCCAAGCAGAGAGAGCUAAUCAUGGAGGAUGAAGAAGAGGAUUUCUUGGAUGAAUCUACAGUGAACUUAUACGGAUCAGAGUGUCCGAUAGCUCUACGUCUGCUCGCCUGCAUGCUGCUGUUGGAGAUCACAUCGUUCCUGCGUGAGACAUACCAAACGCUGCCCAAGUCAUGCCGCACUUCCGCCCGCGACCGGCCCGCGCCCUGGGAGCGAAUCUACAGCCGCGACGCCAACCGAAGGUGGAGUAUGGCGCUGUCUUCCAUGGGUCAUUCUCAGACAUCCGCGCAGAGCCUCCAGUCAAUCACUGGCGAUCGAGAUCCAGACUUGAUGAGCGUCAGGUCAUUACAGAUGCCAUGUAGAUUCCUGCAGCUUCCAGGCGAAAGAGAGCAACGCCUCAGAACGAACAGUGUUCUCUUGCCCCCCUCCACCUCCAUCUCACCCCGACCUUCAAUGUCGGGUUUGCCGUCCGAGAGGAAGAUCAGUUUCGUACUUCAUGAGCCGGAUAAUGAAUCUGAAGGGAGCAGCAAUACUACGGUCACAAUGCAAGGCGAAGAAGGCCAGGGAGGCGCAGUGACGGCGAUAACCGGCGGCGAAGACGGGAGUGGCAAGAAGGGAGGCCGCGGAGGAGGCAGGCCGGUGGCCGUUGGGGCAGCAGCCCAGGGGGCGGCACAGGGAGGCGGCAGACCGUUCCUGCUGCGACGUGGCACCACCGCAGCUAAUGCAACAGGUUCGUUCAAAAGACGCAGCUUGAAAUUGCGCCGAGGCACCAAAGACGGUCAGAAGGCGCUUGACGGCACUGCUGAGGCCGCCGCAGACUUUAAGCGGGUCGAUUCGAUCCAGUCGAAAAGGAAAGUGAGUUCUAUAUCGGAUCGGAGUGAUAACUCAGAACAGGGUGGUCCUGGAGAAGUGAGCGGAGAAGAAUCUCCAGGAAUUCUGAGCGAUGAUCAGCCUCCAGAAAGUCCCAGUGAUAGCAACGACACAGAUGACACGUCCAGUCACCUGCCCUGGCUCAAGGUCAUGGUGCAAGUGAUGAACUCCUUCAACUUCUAUUGUUCUCACCAAACUUUCUGCCAUCCAUUUUGCUACAGGCGUCACAUGAGAGCUGCGUCACGUCUCAUCAAGGCCGUCCGAAAGGUUUAUGGAGAAGAAUUUGGGUUACCAAAUUUUGAAGAAAAAUCUCAACCGGAAGAUCCGAAAAAAGACACAAAGUUCCGUAGCCGGAAGGUCUCAGAACAAGCGAGCACCCAGGCUUCACCAGUGAAGAGGAAGGACAGUGUAUCCAAGAAGGAUAAAAUUGACAAUUCGCAAAUUGGAAGUAAAUUGGGACACAAAGACUCAUCGAAAGAUGUGACCGAGGCAGACACAGACAAGGGCCAGAAUCAAAACCCCUCGUCAACUAAAAAGAAAGAAAAAGAAAAAAAAGAUCCGCCUCCAAUUCUAAAGUACAUCAAGACACAAGUGAGAGAUUGUUUCCACGCGCCGAUCGCGACGCUGGUGAAAGGCGCGGUGGUGCUGGGAGAGGACCAGUUCGUGGACUCGCUGGCGGUGGCGUGGGAGUUGCUGCUCGAGCAUAACCAGGAGGUGGCGGCGGGGGCGGCUGCUCUCUUCAUAGUGGGGGCGGUACGUGCGCCCGCACAAGCCACUGACAUCAUGCAGCACGCUCUCCACCACCAGGAGCCCGCGCAUAGAAUCAACGCUAUUCUCAGGUUUCAAGUACUGUGGAAGCAGAGAUACCAGGUGUGGGCUCGAAUGGAAGAAGGGGCUCAGGUGACGUUCAAAGUGCCACCGCCUGGCAUCGAGUUCACUCUGCCCUCUCCGAAGAUCGGCAUCGAAUCGCUUCCGGUCGUCGAUCCACCCUGGAUGCCGCAAGUCAAAACCAAAGUCGAGGAAGUCACCAUCAGUCAGGAGAGUCAUAGAUCUCUAGUGACAGCUACAAAAACACGUAAGAAACAGCAAACAGAAUUGAUCAAGUUGGCACUGCAGCAGCGUGAGGAUAAAAAGCGAACCGAAAGAGAAAAUUUCCUGGUCACAACAAUUCCAAUCACUGUUCAAGCUGCUUAUGAGCCGAGCCUUCACCAUGCUACUGCUGGCGAUGACCAUGAAGAAGUUGCAGCAGGCGAUGAAGAGCAAGUAGAACCUCCUCAAAGGAAUGCAUCGCAUCAUAUCCACUCGGCUCACUCUCUGUUCCCCUCUUGUCUCUGUUCAGCAGUCAUUCAGAUUAUAAAUCUAUUGGAUGACGCUGCUGUUUCCCCUGAUGGCUGUGCUGUAUAUGAAGUCGCCUAUAAGGUAAUAUGGACUUGCCUUGUUGAGGACAGUGCGCUGUUUUUGCGUUAUGUUCUUGAGAGACUGACGCGGGAGAAACAGGACAUAAUGUUCAAAAUUCUACGCCACCUGAUCAGAUUCGUGCCGAGGCUACCACAGCAGGCGGCAUUCACACUCUACAACUACAUCAUCGGCUACGUCAUGUUUUACGUCAGGUCUCCACAAGAGGGAAGCCAGCAACUUAUUGGCUCAGCUUUGUCUAUCCUUUGGAUGGUUGUACACAGUGUGCAUGGGAUAAUGUUCAAGGACUUGAAACAGAUAUUGAGAAAAGAACAAUGUGAUGCAUCGAUUCUUCUCACUGCUAAUGUGCCAUCGACAAAGAAGAUUAUUGUUCAUGGACCACAAGAUCAGGAUGAUGGAGGUAUUCCUUCUCAGUUUCCUGUACAAGAAGACACUCAGUUUCUUCAAAUUUUGAGAGAAAGUUUGGACUUCUUCACAAUUGAUGAGUCACAGCACAAAGAAUUCUUUUUGGUCGAUCACAAAACACAUCAAAUUCACAACCCGAACUCAUAUGUGCGUGACUACUAUUUCUUCAAGCGAUCUCAAUAUCCUCAACUGCAAUUGGUUCACAUGAAGCCAGACGAAGCAUUCAAUGCUCUUCAGAGGCAAGAAUUGAUGCACAAGUUUGUCGAGAUUGGAAAAGUGCUUCUUACUUGGGCUAUUUUGAAGAAUGUUGACAUGGUUGUGCAAAGAGUUGUAUUUCUGCACGAAGAGCUUAUGAAGUUGCCAUCGUUCCCAAGGAAAGCUUUGGAAGCAGAUUUGGACCUUUAUAAAGGCGGAGAGAUGGGAAAGGAGCUGCUUGGUUUGGACGUGUUGCACAAGUUCAUGUGGGUUCGCCUGAUAGCUCGUAUGUUCGAAGCAAUGGCUGGCAACUUUGCCUACUCAGGUGACAUCCACUUGUUCCUCAAUGUGCUCAAUGGUGCUGUCAUUCUGCACAGUGAAGACGCUUGUAUUCUCCGUUAUGUAAUGGCCACCUACAUCAAUGCGGCACAUAAUUUCAAAAACAUCUUUUCGACUAAUGGAUAUCUUUUGAUAAUUCCUACUCUUUUGCAACUGUAUGCCAGUCAUCAGACAAAUAAACUAGUCACACGCACUGUGGAGUACGUCGUCAAGCAGUUGUAUCUGAUGAAUAGAAAGCCGUUCAUUCUGCAGAUGUUUGGCAGCGUUUCAGCUAUUCUAGAUAUUGACGACACGGCUCAAUUGGGAGAUGCGCACAAGGUGCCAUCCAGCUGCCUGUUUCGGCUGCUAAUGAGCCUGGAAACGCCAUCACCCGACCCACUCAACAUCGGCGAACUGGUCAAGGAGGAGAAGCCACUGCAAGCAAUCGACUUCUGCUACCACGACGAGAGUGAGAUGGUCGGAGUCUUGGAUUGCAUCUCACUAUGUGUCAUGGUUGUAGCCUAUGCUGCCGACUCUGUCAGAGGACAUCAGAUGCUGAUAAUUCUUGAAGCGAUCGUGCCAUGUUACCUGCAACAGAUACAGUUACCGAGCUACAGAAAACAGUUACAGGAGGGACGUUCUGAAAGGGAUAUUAUUGCCCAAUUGGCAGUAGCCAUCAAAACUCUUGUCAACAACUGUGAAGCUCUAUCAAAGAACUACAACGGGCCCCAAAAGGCGAGCCCUGAGCAUAAGGGCUCAAGUCAGAGGAACUACAAUCGCGAACCCUUCUCUCCUGGAUUGGAUUUUGAGGACGAGUCUCACUCAAAGUUUCUAAGUGAAAGAAGCCGGACCAAGAUUCAUUAUGAGCGAGACAUGGAAGAUUCUGAGGUUUUGAGAAACGAAUUUAGAAGGCCUCGAGAUAUCCUUCUUUCGUUGGUUGCUGAUUUCAUGACUAAAACUACAGCCAGACUUAUCGAGCUGAAUAAAAAAUUUCCACAAGACAGCCGACAGAUAGAAUUGCUUGACCUGAGAGCACAUAUUAGGUUAGCAGACGUAGCACAUAGCCUAUUGAAGGUAUCCGCCUACGACCCAGACACAAUGUCCUGCAAGGGACUGCAGCGCUACAUGACGCAACUGCUGCCCGCCACUGAUUGGUCCAACGAGGCACUCAGGCCUUCGCUCAUCACCAUUCUCAGGCGGCUCGAUAAGACAUUCAGCAAGAUUUCUAAGAAGCCAUCAAUUAGGAGGCACACUGAUUGGGAUGCAGCUAGUGGACUGAUAAGAGGUGUUUAUGAAACAUUAUCAAGGUAUCCCUACAUAGUGCACAUGCAACACUUAAAGACGCUUGUCAACACUUGUCAGUCUCUUGUGAUUGGUGAAGCGAAUUCGUCGACGGUGACUGCUGGUGAGAGUCUGUCGUCGGCUACCAACGCCCUCAUGAGCCAGGUGCCUCCUCCUCCUUUCCCCUCAACUGUGGUACGACUCAUUGCUCUUCAAAUUUUGGCUGUUGGAGAGUCUUACACUUUGGAGCAUGUAUGCGGUGGAUCGUCAAUUCUGCCAACUCAAGAAAAGACUGAAAGCUUACUAAUGAAUUUAUUGAUGCCACUUUGUUUGAGAGUUGGCAGUGGUCGAAAAGAUAUCCACUGCAUGCGUGAGGGAGAUGUACGCUUCACUCUGAAUGUAGUUCUACAUGCCAUGUAUCCUCCAACAAGCAAGGCAGCGCAAAGUUUGAAGAUUGGAAGUGAACUAAGAACGGGCUCCUUUUCUGGAGCUCGCGAUUCUAAAGCUAAUGUCGUUAUUCCAAAGUCUCUAUAUCAGGUCGCAUUUCUAGCUCUAAAGGUAAUGCUGACCUGUUUCGAGGACGAACUCGUCUCAGACUGGCCAAAAAUCGGCAGAACCGUGAGAGAGCUAUCGAAGGUAGCUGAAGCCCGUCCAAUGUUCUGGAAUUUCAUCGACUUUAUUGUAUCGCAACGCUGUCCAUUGUUCGUGAUCCUUCAGUCUUUCAUCAGGCAGAAGUUGAGUCAACCAGCACUAACAGAUCAGGAGAGACACUAUCACUUUGUUUUGAGAGAGAAAUUGACAGGCCUCAGUCCCUCUAUCCCGAAAUGCAGAGGCGCUUUGUUAACUGAGCUCAUGCAGCAAAUGAAAACUCUCAAAGCAGAAUUGGAAUUCCGUAGUGACGAGCAAGCCAGUAGUAAGAAACCGUGUAACGACGCCGACCCCCCACCCAUGCAUCAGAGACACCAUCGACCCUCCAUCAUAGAUCUGCUGAGAGACGGAAGCAGCAACCUUCAGAGCGCUCUGCAGUCAGCAGCCGGACAUCGAGAAUCAGUAUCUAGCUCUCCGGGGCCAGUAGGCCCAACAUGCAGUGCCGGGGGCAGCUGUAGCCAGCACUCCUCGCAGCACAGUAUCGCGUCUUACGGACAGGGAAAAGGAACAUCAGCGGAAGCUCUGAGUGCCACAGAUGACAGUGCUGGUGAGCAUGGAUCAAAGCCCAAUAAGCCCAGGCUGCAGCGGUCGAAGGCCCAGAGUCGUAAGACGUUCCGUCUCCGCAAGAGCAGAAUUGAGUCUCACGGUCACCAUACGGGCCACGGUGUCCCCAAAGACUCAGACAAGGAUAAGGGUGAGAGCAAAUCAGAGAGUAGCACGCCUAUGGUUCAGAGUCCAACAGUGGUGACCCCUCCCACCACGGUGAUCACGGCGGCUGCACCCAUUCCGACACCUCAGCCACCACAGCAGGCUGGCAGGGGGGUCACCACCCGCAUGCACCCCCCUCAGCUCCGCACCGACACCUCCUGGGAGGAUGACAGCGCUCUCUCGCAGACAUCCAGCACUUCUGGGUACUACCACUCAGACACCAAGUACCGCGAGAACUGCAGUCUGCUGAUGAUGGCCCUUGAGAGUCCGCCAGACAUGCAUCACAUGUGCUCCACCAGCAGCAGCACCGUCGUGCCUCCCCCCUCUGGCAGCACCCCCCCGUCCAGCUCCCCCUCACCCUCCCCUGACCCACACCACCACUCCACACUCAUGGUCUACGAAGCACAGGACGAAGACACCCUCAUCUAGACUCGUCUCACUCAUCUAUUAUCAUAAUGACGUUAUAAUAACCAAUAACCAUAGUCUUUACAAGUCAUUAUAAACGUUUUUAUUUUGUUCUCACAAGUUCAAUUAGUUUUAAAAAGUAAUUAAGAUUGUUGAGUAGCUCUUAUUUUAUUGUAUUUGAUACAAAUAUGUUUGGAUAUUUGAAACGUACGCACACCAACGCAGGAAAAUUUCAACUCUAAAAUUAAUAGUCUUUAGAAGACAUUACAAAAGUCUUUAUUUUGUUCCCACAAAUUCAAUUAGGGACGGUUUCCGAACUCUGGAUUUGGCUAAGUUCUAGACUUUGAACAGCUAGAGUCAGAAAAUUGGCUUUCCGAAACGGGGCAUAGUCGCAGUCAUUGUCAUAGUCACGUUUGGAUUAAAUUUCAAAAAACUAGAAAAUUGAACACAAAAUAAAAUAAAGAGAAAAUAGUGUAAAGUUUCAGCUAUUUUCAAUUAUUUAGGAAAAACGAUUUUCGUCAAGGAAAAACGAUUCCAAUUAUAGAAAUGAGAUUACUGUCAUGAACACUGCGACAACGCCCCGUUUUGGAAAGCCAAUUUUCUGACUGCAGCUGUUUUAAGUAAGAACUUAGAUAAAUGCCAAGCUCGGAAACCGGCCCUUAGUUUCAAAAAAGUAAUUUGGAUUGUUAAUAGCUCUUAUUUUAUUGUAAUUGUUAGUUGAUACAAAUAUGUUUGGGUUUUAGUGUCGUACGCAGGAAGAGCUUAACUCUAAAAACGGCUUUAAUAUUGUCCUGAAUCAGUAGACUGAUAUUUGUUAUCACUAGUUAUUAAUUGUUCACGCUUGUUCAUUUCAAAAAUCAUUUUUGAAUACUUUUACAUACUUUUUUAUUUCAUUUUAUUUAGUGUAAUGUCUCUUUUCAGUGGUUAGACUAGUCACUGUUAUUUAUUUCAAAAUCCCUUCAGAUUGAUGUUUACAGUCACAAAUCAAAUAAUUCAAUUUUAUUCACAGAUAAAAGAUCUAGUUAUUAGUCUAUCAUCUAUGUAAUUGUAUAUUGCAAGUAUUACAUACAAGCUAAUUAUUACUAGUUUAUUUCAAUUCAUAAAGUCUGAUUUUAAUUUUUAAUCGCAUUGGUCACUAUUAUUAAUUUCAAAAGUCAAUUGGAUUCAUAUUCUUCAUAGUAGCUAAAAAGUUGAAUUAGUCACUACAUUUUAAUUUUGUAUAAUUAUUUCAUUAUCAUGCAUUAUUAAAAUAUUAUUCUCUUGAAGUAUAAAAAUUGAUACUUACAAUUUUGACAAGUUAUACUAUAGGCUGCAGUUCAAUACAAUUUUGUACAAUUUUUAAGUGUAUUCAUCAUCAGUAUAAAAUAAAAUGUAUUCACAUUUGUUAUAUUAUUUAUCAUACUAGUCAGUAUUAUUUAUUAGUAUUGGUUACCAACCAUUUAGACUGAUAAAAUUGUCGUAGUAAUAAGUCUUAUAGCUGAAUUGAUUAUAAUAUUUAAUAACAUACGAAUUUUGUGAAUAUAUUUUUAGAUUGAUAGCCAAUUUGUUGUUAUUAAUUGUGCAUUGGAUACUCUAGCCUAGUCAGGCACUAGUCCAUAUUAUUUAUCGUACUGAUAGUUUAAAAUAAAUUAUUGUAGGCCUAUUUAUCACAGCACUAUACUAUUCAUCAUUUAGAUCAGUUCGAUUGAGUUUUCUGUUGUUAUUGGUUAUACUCAUUAUUUCUAUUGAAUAGUCUAUAGUUGAUUCGGCAUAAUUUUAUCUAAAAAUGCUAUUUAUUUAUAAUUAUUCAUUACACGAUACAUAAUUUAUUAUGAAUGUUUUAUUUGCAAAUUUUAUUGUUAUCGUUAUCCUAUUAAUUGUGGAAAUGUUGUUGAUAGAUAUUGUUUGUUAUUCAUGGAUAGUGAUAAUUUUAUUUUUACAAGAACAUACAGCGAUGAUUUUUGGUACCUGUCAAUGAAUUGAUAUAAAUUAAUAUCAACUUAUUCACACUGAUAUUGAUCAUUAUACCUUAUUUUUUAGGUCUAGUUAGAUGAAAUAAUGUUCUAUGUUGUUGAUUGUUAGAUAAAUUUAGAUGUUUACAAUACAUGCCAAUUCAAGUGAAUUAUUGUUCCAAACAGAAAUAAUAAUUAAAUGUUUGUCCAUCACAUAACUGAGAGUUUUCUAGUAUGUUCCUUUUUCAAAUUCCAUAUUGAACCAAUAUUAGCUCAUAAGCUAAAUCGCUUAUGUUGUCUCAUUACAGAAUUAUCACAAAAUUUUAUCAGUGAUUAAUUCAAAUGAUCUUCGAUAAUAAUUGAGACAAUCAAUAGAAAUAGUAUUAUUAUCAGAGGGGUCCUACAUUUUAGUGAUUUGAAUUGAUUCAUAUUUUAAUCUAUUCAGGAUCACACUUGCUAAUGAAACUGAUUCAGAAUCAAACAAGGAUGGGAAUAUUGCAGAUUAAAUUGGAAAUUAUAUCAAAUCAUAAAAGAGAAUUAAUCAACGCAAUGAGCUCUGGCAUACUGACAAUUUUAGAACACACUAAUGUAUUUCUCAUCAUCUUCUUUCUUGCAUCUACUUUAGAAGAAUAUUUGGAUAGUUAUGUUAUUAUUGUACAUUAAAUACUAAAUAUUAAUUAAUUCAAUUGCCCAACGAUUAAUUUGAACCUUGAACCUGGAGACAGUUUUUCAUGAAGUUGGUUAAUUUUAAUGUCAGUGAAGAAGUGAAUAAUUAUAAAACUUUAGAGCUUAUUCAAUGUAAUUAUCGAUAGAAUUUUAAAAAAUGUCAAGAGGAGAAUGAAUGUUGAUAAAUUUCUGUAGAACUUCAAAAGUUGAUCAUAAUGACGAUCCAGUAGAUUUUAAUGUAAUCUGAGCCAGGUUGAACAAUAACCUGUGUACCGCUAUAAUCUUGAUAAAUGUUAUCAGUUUUGACUAACCAGGAUUCACAAAUUGUUCGGAAAAACAGAACCAAGAUUCUGUUCAAAGAUGAUCUAGCAUUUCUCAAACCAUUACUUCAGAUUACCUCGACCUUAUUUGCUCUCUAGAUCAAAACCUACUAGGAUAUGUAUAUAUGAAAAUGAUUGUCAGCAUUAAUCCAUUGUUGAGUAUCAAUAAGCUCCAAGGUUGCUAUGAUAUCAAAACAUUCGAAUAAUAAAUAAAAUAUUUAAUAACAAAUUCUCCAUUUAUAAAACAUCAUUUUAUACAAAAAUAUUGCGGCAUUCGUUUUUAGCUUGAUAUUACAAUAAUUAUUAUUGACGAUAGACAUCAAAGCAAUCACUAUUUGUUGAAAAAUAUUUGUGUCAUGAGAAAAAAAUUCGUUUGAGAAUAUUCUUACUUCUUCACCGAUUACAAGUAGCUUAAAAAA